GCACCAACAAAAAGGAGUGCGUUGUUUGUUGGUGGUGUGUUGUUGGUUGUGUCGAGAACUGAGCAAGAAGGCACGUCAGCCGAUUCCUACCGACCCUCAGAAGCAGGGGGUUGUGCAAUAUUCCUUUGUGACAGCUUGAACAGGGAGUGUGUGAGCGUGUGUGAGCGUGUGUGAGUGAGACCACCGAAGAUGAGGGAGUUUGAGUAUGAUGAGGAGGGCACCAGCUCGUACUUUUUUGUGCUGGCGUUGCUGGUGUUGUACCUGACCGGUGCCACCAUCUGGCGGCUCUGUCUUUGCUUCGUGGACGACGACGGCGAGGACGAUACUGAAAUCGAGAAGCGCAAGGUCCGCAAGGCAAAGAACAAGAAACCCAGCAAUCUCUUUUCAACAUGGAACAUCAUCUACGUGCUGGCGUGGGCGGCCGUGCUUGCAAUCAUGUGGCAGAUCUCCCACAUGGAGCAUGAGGCUGUGUACGACCCGUUUGAGAUUCUGGAACUGCCAUCCGAUGCAACGACGAAGCAAAUCAAGAAGCGGUACCGUGAGCUGUCGCUCAUGUACCAUCCUGACCGCAACCCUGAUCCCGAGGCAAACGAUAUGUUCGUCCGCAUCUCAAAGGCAUACCGCGCGCUGACGGAUGACGAGACGCGCGAGAACUGGGAGAAGUACGGCAACCCCGACGGCCCAACGACGCAGACAUACGGCAUUGCGCUGCCAGCCUGGAUGGUGCAGGGCAAGCACUCUGUCAUUGUCAUGAUUGCAUACGCCGUUGGCUUUGUCAUCAUCAUCCCAGCCAUCGUGCGGUCGCGGUGGACGCGCAGCAAGAAGUAUCUGAAGAAAGGCGUGCUCAAGGACACGGCUGCCCUCUUCUACCACUCGCUCACAACAGACGCCGUCAAGGAACUUGGGAUGAUGGAAGUGCUGUCGUGUGCGUUUGAGUUCCGGGAGAAUCUGAAGACGUCGCAGGAAGAGCUUGGCGAGAUCUUCGCGCUGCUGAAACAGCUGCCGGAGCUGCCCAACAACCCCUGGCAGCAGAAGGUCAAGGGCAAGCAAGACAACCGCAUCAAGCUGAAGGACUCGCCCUUCGCCGUCAAGGCCAGAACGCUUCUCUACGCACACAUGCAUCGCCUGAAGCUCUCCCCAGCGCUCACUGCAGAUCUCGAUUUUGUCCUUGAGCACGCGCCAACUCUCAUCAACGUCAUGGCAGAGCUCUGCUUCGAGAGGCGGUGGUUCAAGCCCGUGCUGCUUGCGCUGCACCUGAAGCAGAUGACGAUCCAGGCCGUGCCAGAGGUCGACAAUGUCGGCCAGCUCGAACAGCUGCCACACGUCACCAAAACAAUGAUGGACAGCCUUGAGAAGAAGAACGUGCGCACGCUGCAGAAUCUUGUCAUGCGGCCCGACGACAAGGUGCAGUCGAUUCUUUCGGCCGUCCCCGCGCUGCACGUCGACGAUGUCAUCGAGUUCCUGAACGUGUUCCCCUCGCUCGAAGUCGACUGGGGGCUCCCAGGCGCGGUGGAGGACGAGAAGAAGGACAAGUCUGGCAACCGGAUUGUGACUGCGGGCAUGCCGUGGGCAAUCACCGUCAGCGUUCGCCGGGUGACGCGACACGAGCUCCUGCAGAAGCAGCAACAGGCUGGCGCAAAGAGCAAGAAGGCCGCUCGCAACGGCAAGAAGGCUGCAAAGGGCGGGGCUGCAAACGGGACGAAAAAGAAGGCCGAGGCGGCGAAGAAGAAGAAGAAGAAGAUUGAGAUUGUCGGGUUUGGCGAGGGUGAGUUCUCGGACGCAGAGGCCUCCAGCAGCGACGACGACGACAGCAACAACAACGACGACAGCAAGAACGAUUCCGAUGCUGAGGGAGAAGAGAUUGACGAGGAGGAGCUGUGGGCUGGCAUCAAGAAGCCUGGGGAGGAUGUUGACGACUCUGGCCCCAUUGCUGUGCACUGCCCACGCUAUCCGCAUGACAAGGAGGCGGAGUGGUGGUGCUUUGUCUCUGACGCGACGAACAAGAAGAUUGUUUCGGGUCUCCUUCGUCUCAACACCCUCGGCACGAAGCACACGAUGCGGCCGCUGCCGAUGGAGAAGGUUGACGUUGGCCUGAAGGCGUUCAACCUCCACGUCAUCUGCGAUUCGUAUCUUGGAGCCGACGUCGUCCUGCCGUUCAAGGUGAAAUCUGUGCGGCCGAAGCUUCCGUCGCAGGCCGAGCUGGCGGCGCAGCGGCGGGCACAGGCGGCGCAGGAGGAGAUGAUGGAAGAGGAAGAGGAGGAGGAAGACACUGAUGAGGACGAUGACGACGAGGACUUCUGAACACGUGCACACACAUACAUGUGCUGCUCUGUCCCAUGUGUUGACUUCAUGACCUCGAUGCACGGCGCUUUGUGCGUGCGUUGUUCAUGAUUGGUGUUUGACUGGUCCCUCAGCGGCAUUUCUUCCCCGAGUUGUGUUUUGUCUCUUGCCCGCUUCUUUUUUCUUCUCUCUUCUGCUUCGUAGGCUCCUCUGACGGUUCAAUGUCUCUGUUGUCUGUUGUUGUUGUGUUGAGUGACCAUCUGUCUUGCUUGCUUGUGCCUCUCGUGCACACAUGCACUCCUUCCCCAACACCCGCACGCAUCCACCCAUUCGCUGUGUGCGUAUUGUUGCUGUUGAUUGUGGUGUUGUUUUGAAGGUAUGCAUGUGUUGUUGUCGUUUGUCGCUGUCGCUUGCUCUGCCGUCAACGCGUUUUGCAUUCGUGCGGUACACGCGUUCAUACACAAUACCACCAUCCCCAAGGUUUGCUUAUUCAUUUGCUUACACUUGCAGGUUUGGACGAGGG